AUGGCAAGCUCAAUUGGUAGAAUAAGAGCUAUACAGCUCAGCCGUCAAAUUAGACACUUCAGCUCCAGCUCACCUCGAUGUGCAGCUCAAGUGAAAAGCCUAGGUGUUUUAGGCGCGGGCCAAAUGGGACUAGGCAUUGCUUUGGUCGCCGCUCAGAAAGCUGCAGUUCCCGUCACACUUAUAGACUCAUCACAAGCUUCUCUUGAUAAAGGGAUAGCCUUUGUAGACAAGCUAUUGUCUAAGGAUGUUUCCAAAUCGCGCAUUACCCAGGAACAAGCCGACCAGGCGAGAUCCCGCCUUACGUUAAGCACGGCUAUUGACGAACUAUCGGGGGUUGACUUUGUCAUUGAGGCCGUGCCGGAGAUUCCUCAGCUCAAAUUUGACAUAUUCGCUAAGCUGGCGGAGAUCUGCCCGAAGCAUGCCAUCCUUGCCACCAACACAUCCUCUAUAUCCAUCACUAAGAUUGCCGCGGCCACCACCAAGGACCCCAACGAUACCUCAGCGAGUUCGCGGGUAGUCUCGACUCACUUUAUGAACCCGGUGCCCAUACAAAAGGGCGUUGAGAUCAUUAGCGGACUGCAGACAAGCCCCGAGACAUUGGAUACCGCCGUCGCUUUUUGCAAGGCUAUGGGAAAGAUCCCCUCCGUGUCUGCGGACUCUCCUGGAUUCUUGGCGAACCGGAUUCUUAUGCCGUACAUCAACGAAGCGGUAAUAUGCUUGGAAACCGGUGUCGGUGAUCGGGACUCUAUCGAUGCCAUCAUGAAGAAUGGCACCAACGUGCCGAUGGGACCGCUUCAACUUGCUGACUUCAUUGGUCUGGAUACUUGUCUAGCUAUCAUGAAGGUCCUUCACCAAGAGACAGGGGACUCCAAAUAUCGGCCAAGUGUGCUGCUCGCUAAAAUGGUGGAUGCGGGCUGGUUGGGAAAGAAGAGUGGCAAAGGGUUCUAUGACUAUUAA